AUGAGAGGCACAACACUAUCCUUCCUCUGGCUUGCAGGCUUCGCUGCUGGCCAAAGUAGUUCAUCCUCAGCAUCGCCGUCCGUCAUCACCCUGACUGGCACUCAAAGGCAGCUGUCUGGUGGCGAGUUCGGUGGAUCGGUCACGGUACCUUCAGACUUCGAGGGCAGCACGUUCGCGACCUUGACCAGUGCGCCAUCCGGAAGCACAGCGUCCGCCAAUGCUACCGUUUCAGCAUCCUCGGGCGAGUCUAUCAUUAACAUCGGCGGAGGCAACAGGACCAGGACACCAACAGGAUCGGCCACAGGCUCAGCAGCCCUGCCUCAGAACACACAACCAUGCAACAACUAUGUCGAGUUUUGCAAUCGCAAAUACUCCAAUAUCACAGAGGUCGCUGCUCACAACUCACCAUUCACUAAGGAGCGCAACAUAGCCCGUAACCAGGACUAUGGCGUUACUCAGCAGUUGAACGAUGGCAUCCGUAUGCUUCAGGGUCAGGCGCACAUGGUCAACGGCACACUCUACUACUGCCACACCUCUUGCGAUCUUCUCAACGCCGGCACGGUCGAGGAUUACCUGAAGGAGGUAGUGGCGUGGGUCGAAGCACAUCCGUUUGAUGUUGUUACAAUUAUCUUCGGCAACUACGACUACGAGCAAAAGGACGGGAACGGCAAUCCUCUGGUUACAUCUUCCAACUUCGACGAACCCAUCAGGUCUUCUGGACUGUAUCAGUAUAUUUAUCAGCCGCCGAAAACUGCCAUGGAACUCGCAGACUGGCCCACUCUCGGAGAAAUGCUGCUGCAGCAGAAGCGCGUUGUGACCUUCAUCGACUACAACUUUGACACGGACGCCGUUCCUUAUCUAUUGUGGGAGUUCUACAACAUGUGGGAGACACCAUACUCUCCGACAGACUUCAAUUUCCCUUGCACGAUUGGACGACCCGAGGGUGUUAGUGAUGAAAAGGCAAGGGACAUGCUGUACAUGGCCAACCACAACCUGAACGUGGAGAUUGCAAUUGCCGGUUUGAGCUUAUUGGUGCCCAAUGUUGCUGCGACAAACACGACGAACGGGCUUGAGGGUCAAGGCAGUCUUGGACUGAUGGCCAACCAAUGUACAUCUGAUUGGGGCCGCGCACCGAACUUCCUCCUCGUCGACUUCUACAAUCAAGGACCAGUCAAUGGCUCCGUCUUCGAGGUCGCUGCUCUCGCAAACAACGUUACUUACGACCGUCAAUGUUGUGGUAGGGCCACGUCUCUCGCGACCGCACUUCUGACGCCAUCCGCGACAUACUUUGCGUUUGUCGUUGCCGUCAUCGGUGUUUUGGCAAUAUAG